CUUUUCAUAUAACUACGACGAGAUUUACGAAGACUUAAUGCUACUUGUAACAUUACAAUUUUAACUAUAUUUAUAAGAUAAAUUUAAGUAUUGUAAUCAAUUAUGAUUUUGUACUUUAUUUUCAAAAGAAAGUUUGUAGCUGCAUUUAUAUGUUUUUUUAUUAAAAAUGUGACUUCCAACAGAGUUUUGAAAAACAACAACAAAUUUACAUUUAUUAACAAAAAUUCAUCGGCUAUAUUUAUCAAUACAAACUGGAAUGAAAACAAUGAGGCGUUUUAUUUUAGACUGUCAAGUAGUGGAAAAGAUGGCAAUGUAUUGUCAGUUUAUGACAAACUCAGUGCACAAAGACUACAAAUUAAAAUAUCAAAUGGAAAAUUUAAUAUCAUUGUUGAAGAUCAACAUUAUAACAUUCCUGGUUUAACUGACUUUGUAAUAAAAAUAAGGAGAUGGUACAUUAUAAAGCUAUUUCAGUUAAAUACAGCUUUAAAAUUAGAACUUAACAACCAAACUGUAUUGAUUGCAAAUAAAAAAAAGAAGAUUUUUUCUAAAUGGGAGUCCAUACAUUUUGGCACAAAUGUUGUUGAAGACAUAUUCCAAGGUAACAGCUUCAUUGGCUGCAUUGACAUACCUCAAAGUGAAAGUCUGUUAUUUAAGGUAUCUAAUUUAAUACAAGAAGGUUGUGUAAAUGCUUGUUUAAUUCAAUCUUGUUAUAACGGAGGUAGAUGUAUCAACUAUUAUGAUCAUGUAGUUUGUGACUGUUUUGGAACCGGGUUCAAGGGAAUUGCAUGUGAAACUGAGCAUCCUACUAUAUAUUUUGAUGGUAAAAGCUAUGUGACAUUUAAAGGAAAUAAAAAUUUAGAAGGAGAAAUAAAAAUUCUCACGCAAUUUAAGACUAUGUCAGAAGGUGUAAUUUUAGCAACAAACUUUGAAAAAAGUAUAAUUAUAAUUGAAGUAUACAACGGAAACGUAUAUUGCAGAGGAAAUGCAGCAGGAGGUUCUGUCAGUGUAAAAGUUGGCAACUUUGUACUAGACGAACAAUGGCAUUAUUUAUCUCUAGUUAAACAUCCCCAGUAUAUUAAAAUUAAACUUGACAGACAAAUAUUUACUUUGUUAUCCAUUCAAAACCAAGACGAAAUUCAAUUUAAUAAAGAACAAGAAUACUUUUAUAUUGGUGGAGUUGGCAAUCCGCAAAAUAUGACGCAUUCAUUAAGCAAAAAAUAUUUUAAAGGAUGCCUGAAACAUAAUAUUUUUAAUUCACACGAUAAAAAUGUUAAAACAGUAUGGAGUGAUCUUGGAUAUCAAUUAUUUGACAACGUAACGCAAUGCUAACAAAACUAAAAUGUCCAUAAAAAUGAAAACCAUAAAUAGUAAAAAAUCUUUGAGUUAAUUUUAAAAACUUCUAUAUUGUUUAUAACAACGAGUCAUUAAUAAUAUAAAAGAAUUAUGUUAACACAAAGAUUUCUUAUCAUUUUCCGCUCUAAUGUUUCAAAAGUUUUUUCAUCGCUUUUUGCGUUAAAAAUAUUAAAGAUAAAAAAUAAAGGUAGUACUAUUUAGGUCUGUAAAUCAAGCCAAACGAGCCAAGCUUGCCAGGGCUUGACUCGGCUUGUUUACAUAUUAAGAGUGUUCAGGCUCGGCUCGAGCUUGUUUCGAACAUGAGAUUCUUUGUUCGAGCUCGGCUCGUUAAGGAUUAGUAUUGUUUGGGCUCGGCUCGUUUUACAUGUUGCUGGAGCUCGACUGGUUUAAAACUCGAAAUAAUUAUUGUAACCUGUUAGUUUAAAGCUCGUUUAGUAAGAAAAAAAAAUUUUCGUUAAAGGCUCGUCUGUAAAUAAUGCAAGUCCAAAUCAACAAACAACAUAAACAAU